AUGUUAUACUUGAUUCUUUUCCUUGCUGUACCAAUCUAUGCUGGUCUUAUUUUACCAGCUAAACCUUCAAUUGACCCAUUCUACAAUGCUCCUGCUGGUUUCGAAAAAGCCGCCGUUGGUGAAAUCUUACAAUCUAGGAAAACUCCAAAACCCAUCACCGCCGUUUUCGUCCCUGUCAAGAUCCAAAAUUCAUGGCAGCUUUUAGUUAGAUCCGAAGAUUCAUUCGGUAAUCCAAAUGUCAUUGUCACUACUGUUAUGCAACCAUUCAAUGCUGAUCCUUCUAAGGUUGCUUCUUAUCAAGUGUAUGAAGAUUCCGCUAAAGCUGAUUGUGCCCCCUCCUAUGCCCUUCAAUUUGGCUCUGACGUGAGUACUUUGGCUACCCAAGCUGAAACAUUCUUAUUGGCACCAUUGUUAGACCAAGGAUACUAUGUUGUGUCUCCAGAUUAUGAAGGACCUAAACUGACAUUCACUGUUGGCAAACAAUCUGGUCAAGCUGUGUUAAACUCCAUUCGUGCAGCCUUAAAGUCCGGUAAUACUACCAAUAUUAAAGAAGACGCUAAAGUUGUUAUGUGGGGAUACUCUGGCGGAUCUUUAGCCUCUGGUUGGGCAGCUGCUUUGCAACCAGACUAUGCUUCAGACUUAGGUGGUAACUUAUUGGGUGCUGCAUUAGGUGGAUUUGUUACCAACAUCACCGCUACGGCUGAAGCAACUGAUGGUACUGUCUUUGCCGGAAUCGUGGCAAACGCCUUAGGUGGUGUUGCAAAUGAAUAUUCUGAAUUCAAAGAAAUCUUGCAAAAUGACACCGACAAACAAUCCGUGUUUGAUCAGUUUGACAGUCAUUGUUUGGUUGAUGGUGUGAUCGCCUAUGUUGGUACUCACUUUUUGUCCGGCUCUAGCAGAAUCUUCAAAUCUGGCUGGGACAUUUUGAAAAACCCAACAAUCUCCAAGAUCGUUGAAGAUAACGGGUUGGUGUACCAAAAACAGUUGGUUCCAAAAAUCCCUAUAUUUGUUUAUCAUGGGGCUAUUGAUCAGGUUGUCCCUAUCGCUAAUGUUAAGAAAACCUAUCAAAACUGGUGUGAUGCUGGUAUCGCUUCAUUGGAAUUUACUGAAGACGCUACUAAUGGUCACGUCACUGAAACUCUUGUUGGUGCCCCUGCUGCUUUGACUUGGAUUAUUGGUAGAUUUAACGGUAAGCAAACUGUGUCGGGAUGUCAACACACCAAACGAACAAGCAACUUUGAAUAUCCAAACAUCCCACCUUCAAUUCUUAAUUAUUUCAAGGCCGCAUUGAAUGUACUUAUCCAAAAAGGACUUGGCCCAGAUAUUCAAAAAGAUCAAAUUAGUCCUGAUGGUUUGAAAAAGAUUCCAACACUUGUAUAUUCUUAA